AUGCAUAAAAUGGAGCUUCGAGUUGGAAAUAAGUAUCGUUUGGGCCGUAAAAUUGGUUCUGGAUCCUUUGGGGAUAUUUAUCUUGGUACGAAUAUUGUAACCAGAGAUGAAGUAGCAAUUAAAUUAGAAUGCAUCAAGACAAGACAUCCACAAUUACAUAUAGAAAGUAAAUUUUAUAAGCUUAUGCGAGGAGGAAUUGGAAUUCCAGAUAUAAAAUGGUGUGGUUCAGAAGGAGAUUACAAUGUUAUGGUAAUGGAACUAUUAGGCCCUUCAUUGGAAGAUCUCUUUAAUUUUUGUUCACGUCGGUUCUCUUUGAAAACUGUCCUGUUACUUGCUGACCAGCUGAUUACACGGAUAGAAGAUAUCCACUAUAGGAAUUUUAUUCAUAGAGAUAUCAAACCAGACAACUUUUUAAUGGGACUCGGCAAAAAAGGCAACUUAGUGUACAUGAUAGAUUUUGGUUUAGCCAAGAGAUACAAGGACCCACGCACCAAUCAACAUAUUCCUUAUAGAGAAAAUAAAAACUUGACAGGCACGGCCCGAUACGCCUCGAUAAACACUCACCUCGGAAUCGAGCAGUCGAGACGCGACGACUUAGAGUCUAUGGGCUACGUGCUCAUGUACUUCAACCGCGGCAGUCUGCCGUGGCAAGGGCUCAAGGCCGCCACCAAGCGACAGAAGUACGAGAGGAUAUCCGAGAAGAAACUCUCCACUCCCUUCGACGAACUGUGCAAAAACCAUCCGAUCGAGUUCCAACUGUACCUGAAGUACUGCCGACGACUCCGCUUCGAGGAGCGGCCGGACUAUGGCCACCUUCGCCAGCUGUUCCGCACUCUCUUCCACAGACAGGGCUUCACCUAUGACUAUGUGUUCGACUGGAACAUGCUCAAAUUUGGUAUGCCAGGUGUCGGCAACACACGCAACAACCAGCCCCCAAAGCGCCGCGAUCAGAAAAAGAAACAAGAGACAACAGGCACAGCGGGAGCGGCGGCCCCUCAGCCGAGCACCACGGUGGCGGCCCCUCAGCCGAGCACCACGGUGGCGGCCAUCUCCGAGUGGCGGUGA